AACAAACUUUAUAUCUAUUUUUUUCACCAGAUUUUAUAUUGUCAACCUUAAAAGCCUGGCCUUUUUUUUCUCUCGGUUUCUACGCUAACUCCACUACCACCUUCUUUGUUUCCUCUCCUAUUUCUCAGACACGGAUAAAUGCAAAGGAAGAUCAAUUAAACCGUUGUUCGCAGCAUUCCCCACAUGGUGAGCUUACGCAGACGCAAGCUCCUGGGACUCUGCUCCGGGAGGAGUUCCUUUUUGACUCCACUUCCUAGAGUUUUUGAUAACGGACAUACACCUGAAAGUUCAAGUCAAAAUGCAAAAUCAAAAAGCAUUGCCAAGGUUGACUCUGCAUCACCAAAUGUUUCUGGUUCCGUUUCAUCAAAAGAGCAUCAUAAUCAACCUUUUCCAGGUCAACCAAUUAAACGCAGGAAGCGACACAGGAGGAAGCAUCUUCAAAACCAAGAACCAUGUCUAAUGAGGGGUGUAUACUUCAAAAAUAUGAAAUGGCAGGCCGCAAUAAAAGUCGACAAGAAGCAGAUUCACUUAGGAACAGUUGGUUCACAAGAAGAAGCUGCACGCUUAUAUGAUAGAGCUGCAUUCAUGUGUGGAAGACAGCCGAACUUUGAGCUUCCCGAGGAGGAAAAGCAAGAGCUUAGGAAGUUCAAGUGGGAUGAGUUUUUGGCAUAUACUCGCCGUUCGAUCACCAACAAAAAACACAGGCGAAGGCUCGAGGUGGAAGCACAGAAGUGGUCCAAGACUGCAAUAGAGAAUGGUGAGUGGGAAACCAAACGAGUCAACAAUAGCUUCUCGGCUUCAGAAGAGAUGGGACCAGACUCUUCAGCCGAAUAAUCUGGUUCAAGCAACUAAAUACUAGUUGCAGGGUCUUCAGUUUUAGGUGUAAAAGUCCCCUCUAUUAGAGCCAAGUAAUAUUAUUUUGAUCUCAUUAUCUAAUGGUAAUUAGAUAUCUACAAGUUUUUAACAAAAAUAAUAAGGGUUGAAUAUUAGUUGAAUCAUGAUUCACCAUUGUUGUUAGAAAGAAGAAAGGCAUUGCAAAUGCAAAGCUAUAUAUAAUGCCUUAUUUUGAAUUUAACAGAAGCUGAACCCUGAAUU